UUAUUAUUGUUCCAACGCUCAUUCCUUCUUCUUCUUUCUCUUGCUGUUGAUAAUCAUUCACCUAAACCUCACCUACCUACUAAUCUAAUCUCCCCCCGAAAAUCAAAUUUCCAAAAUAAACAAUUAUUGAUCAUCACCGCUGCGGCCGAGACUGAGCGCAUUAUUAUAAUUCAGCACAUGCAUUUCAUGAGAAGCUCCGCAAAUUUACCUCUGAAAUGGCUCAUCAUCAUCUUCUUCUCAAAUACAUUGAUUCCGGCUUUCUCCGAUCCUCGUAUCGAAGAAGCCGGCCUAUUCUGCGGCACCUCAAAGCCGCCGCCAAACACCACUAUCGUCCCCACAUUCGUGGAAGAAAUGGAAAAGAUUUCUCAGUUGGUAAGCACCAACAAGUGGGGCCUCAACAUAAUCAACCACUCUGCAAUUCCCCUGUUCUGUCUUGCUCAGUGUUUCAACGACCUCUCUCGCACGGACUGUCUCUCCUGCUACGCCGCUAGUCGCACGCGCCUCCCUCGCUGCCUCCCCGCCUUGUCAGGCCGCUUGUAUCUCGACGGUUGCUUUCUCAGAUACGAUACUUACGAUUUCUUCGACGAGAGUGUUGACCCGGGUCACGAUAGAGUGAAUUGCAGUGGUGGUUUGCGCGUGGAGGAGGGGUUUAAGGAGAGUGUGGAGGUUUUGAUUGAUAAAGUGAGUAGGCUUGCGAUUUUAAAAGGAGGGUUUGGUGUGAUGGAAGUUGAGGGGGUGUUUGGAUUGGCGCAAUGUUGGAGGAGUUUGAGUAAGGAGAGUUGUGUGGAGUGUUUGGAGAAGGCGGCGAAAGAGGUGAGAGGCUGCUUGCCGAGUAGACAAGGGAGAGGUUUGAUGGCGGGGUGUUAUUUCAGGUAUUCCGAUCACAAGUUCUAUAAUCAAGAGGGCGACGCCCAUAGAUUUACCGCUUCUGGAACAAGUAUAGGAGCAACUGCAGGAAUCGCUCUGUCUGCAGCGGCAUUCAUUUUGCUCUCAGUCGUUGCUGCUUAUUUGAUUUACUUAAGGCUGUCAAGGUUGAAGGAAGAGCCGAUCAGCCUCAGUCACCUCUCUUCAUUUAACAAGCCCAGUGUGACAUACAAAUAUGAAAUUCUAGAGAAGUCAACGAAUUACUUCAGUAAUUCAAGGAAAUUAGGGGAAGGAGCAUCUGGUUCCGUGUUCAAAGCAAAACUUCCAAAUGGAAAUAUUGUUGCAGUUAAGAGAUUGUUUUUCAACACCAGGCAAUGGGUAGACGAGUUUUUUAAUGAAGUAAACUUAAUAAGUGGGAUCCAGCACAAGAACCUUGUGAAGCUUUUGGGUUGUAGCAUUGAAGGUCCAGAAAGCCUUUUGGUUUAUGAAUAUGUUCCAAACAAGAACCUCGAUCAGUUCCUGUUUGAUAAAAAUAUGGGUCAAAGUUUGAAUUGGGAGCAAAGGUUUGCUGUAAUAGUUGGAACAGCUGAAGGACUUGCAUAUCUUCACAGCGGUUGUGAGAUGAGAAUAAUUCAUAGAGACAUUAAGAGUAGCAAUGUUCUUCUUGAUGACGAUCUUACUCCAAAGAUAGCUGAUUUUGGACUUGCUCGCUGCUUUGGAACUGAUAAGACUCAUCUUAGUACUGGAAUUGCAGGAACUUUAGGGUAUAUGGCGCCCGAGUAUCUUAUUCGUGGACAACUUACUGAGAAGGCUGAUGUAUACAGCUUUGGAGUGCUCGUCCUUGAGAUUGUAUGUGGUAGAAAAAAUAUCACAUUUACAGAGGAUUCAGGUUCCCUUCUGCAAACAAUCUGGAGGCUGUACAAGAACCAUAAAUUGAUUGAAGUAGUAGACCCUCGUUUGCAAUAUGAUUUUCCGACGAAAGAGGUGACAAAUGUUGUCCAAAUAGGACUUCUAUGUACCCAAGCGUCGGCUGUAUUAAGGCCAUCUAUGAACAAAGUGGUUUGGAUGCUUAAUAAUCAAGAUUGUGAGGUUCCAAUGCCUAAACAACCUCCUUUUCUAAGUUCUAAAAUGGAGGGUUCAGCCAGCUCAGGACAGUCUACAAGCUUAGGUAGUUUGAUAUCAAGCGCAUUGACCAAAAUUGAUGUUUCGUACACCUCUACAGAUUCGUCUUGCACAAGAAGUUCUCAACGAUGAAGCAGUGAAAUGCAGAGCUGAUUACAUGCGGCCAAACAGAUGAGCAAAACUCACUUUAUAAGACAGCAGAACGGAGUUUGAGCUCAAAUUUUGUACAUUUUGUAAUGUCCUAGUAUUUCCAGGGUAGUGAACUAUGUGAGGAGCACGUCACUGUAUUAUUUAAACCAACUUACUUUUUUCCCCUGUGAAAAUCAGCAAGUGGAUCACAGUGUGUCUUGUUUUCUCCAUCUGGCUAGGAGAAGGCAUUGAGUGAACUCUAAGAUUGAAGUCUUGGAACUGAUCCCUUGAUUACAUGAUGUAUCUUGGCCUCUGUGGAGUUGGUAGUUUACCAGACUGAUGUAAUUUUUGAUAGAUGGAUAACAAGAGAAAUAAUGGUGUUUCGGAUUCCUUUGCAGGGAUGUUAAAAAAUUCGAAGAA